CAAAAGCCGUCAUAUAAGGUUGACAAUACUCUUUUUAAUUUACUGAAUACGCGUUGAACUUUCAGCCAAAGGAACCACUCUUUCUUUCUUAUUAAGUUUAUGAUCCGUUUCAUCGUUAUCCUUAAUCCCAUUUUAAAGCUCCAAAACUAUAUAUUUUUCUUUCCCCCCCCCUUUCUAUUUUUAAUAGAUUCUAUGAUUUAUAAUAUUCCAGUGUUAUGAUCAUCAUCACUCCAGACCUUUUAAUUUCUUCUUGUUGGAAAAACGCUUCCUUUUUGGAAGUUGACGAUUAUUGGUAUAGUGUUAGUGGUGGGUUCUGAAUUCCGUAUUUGAUUGAAGUCGCUGACUUUAGAAUUGGGUCAGUUUGAAUUUUUCAAAGAGAAACAGAAGCGUGAAUUUUUAUUUACUUAUUUAUUAUUAUUAAUUUAUUCAAAUAGCCUAUAAGGAUAAACUCCAACCUUUGUUUUUGGAGGAAGAAAAAAAAUAUGAUGCACGAGUAUAUUAGUUGGGGGCUUGCAUGAAUUCAUAUGAAGGAGUUGUUGAUAUUUUAGCUAGAGGAUGGUGAUGCUGCUUGUUCAAGGAUAAUAAUAGUGUAUAGUUGAAUAUUAGCUUGUGGCUGCAACAUGGGUUGCAUAACUUCCAAGAGUUCAGCUGUAGAAGACAGCAGGGAAGGUUUGACAAAGGAAUUGACAUCAUCUAGCAAAAGGACCUCAGAGAUGAAUGUUUCACGAUUGAAUUCUAAGAAAAGGGUCGAUGGAGUUUGGGGGAAAGAUAAGUUCUUGGAUGGUGUUGAUAUGAAAGUUUCAUUAAUUGACAAGAAAGGAAAUGGCUCAGUGCGGUUGUAUGAUGAUCAAAAUGGGAAGAAGAAAAUGGAGAAACCCGAAUUGAGUGUUCUUGAUUAUCCUGGUCUUGGAAGGGUUCCAAAGGCUUCAGAAGGAGAACAAGUUGCAGCAGGAUGGCCAACUUGGCUUUCUUCUGUUGCUGGUGAAGCUAUCCAGGGGUGGAUACCACGGAGUGCUAAUACUUUUGAGAGGUUUUAUAAAAUUGGCCAAGGAACUUACAGUACUGUUUAUAAGGCACGAGAUGUGGCUCACCAAAAGAUCGUUGCCUUGAAGAGGGUUCGCUUUGAUAAUCUUGACCCUGAGAGUGUCAAGUUUAUGGCAAGGGAAAUCCUUGUUCUGCGUAGGCUUGACCAUCCAAAUGUAAUAAAGCUGGAAGGCUUGAUAACAUCACAGACAUCUCGUAGCUUGUACCUUGUUCUUGAAUAUAUGGAACAUGACCUUACAGGACUUGCAUCAGGUCCUGGCAUUAAGUUUUCUGAACCACAGGUUAAAUGCUACAUGCAGCAGCUUCUUAGUGGAUUGGAUCAUUGUCAUAGUCGUGGUGUCCUCCACCGUGACAUAAAGGGCUCAAAUCUUCUCAUUGACAAUAAUGGCAUCUUAAAGAUUGCAGAUUUUGGCUUGGCAAAUUUUUUUGACCCCCAUCAUGGUGUUCCAUUGACCAGCCGUGUAGUAACUCUGUGGUAUAGACCACCAGAACUUUUACUUGGAGCAUCUGAUUAUGGAGCUGCAGUGGAUUUGUGGAGCGCUGGUUGCAUACUGGGGGAACUAUAUUGUGGCAGGCCCAUAUUGCCUGGAAAAACAGAGGUUGAGCAAUUGCAUAAGAUUUUUAAACUUUGUGGCUCACCAUCUGAGGACUAUUGGCGUAAACUGCGGUUGCAACAUUCAACCAUAUUCAGGCCUCCACACCAAUAUAGGCGUUGUGUUGCAGAAACAUUUAAAGAAUAUCCAUCUACUGCCAUGAGGCUUAUAGAGACCCUACUUUCCGUAGAUCCUGCACUUCGAGGAACAACAGCUACAGCUCUGAAGAGUGAGUUCUUUUCAUCGGAACCUCUUGCUUGUGAUCCAUCAAGUUUACCAAAAUAUCCUCCCAGCAAAGAGAUUGACACUAAAUUGCGGGAAGAAGCAACAAGAAGGCAAGGACCUGUUGGGGGAAAGGAGCAAAAAGUUGGACCAGGAGUUAGACAAGAGAAAGAACCUGGGGCAUUUGUCUUAUCCAAAGACAAUGCUGACUCCCGCACAUCAAUUCAGCAGCAAGGGCAACGACUUUCAAACUCAAAGAGCCGGAUUAAAUUUUUCAAUCCUCACAGAGAACCUGCGUCUGGAUUUUUUGAUUUUCGACACAAACAGUCAGAAGAUAUUAAAGAAAUGGAAAAUUAUUUCUCUGGGCCUCUUAUAAAGGGGCCUUCACAUUCAGGUCCCUUGGUUCCAGGUUCUGGCUGGGAAAAGGUUGGAAAGGAAGCUGGUCAGUGGCUUCCUGUUUCAAACAAAGUCAACCUAUCAAAACUAUCUGGUUUAAUGGCAUCUAGGACUUUGCCCUUUGGAGAUCAAGAAGAAAACCAAGUUCCGCUGAGGCCCCGAGAAACAAUUCAAGUACAAAAGUCUUUGGAGUCAACUAAUGGAACAGAGUCAAGAAGAAGGCAUGAUGAAAAACGCCAGUCUCAGAGAAUUGAUCUCAGUCAAAUAGAAAAUGGAAAGGUCUCUGCUGAAACAUUGAUUCAGGAUGGACAUGGGUCCAAGGAAAACAAGAUCUAUCUCUCUGGUCCAUUACUGGUUUCAGCAAACAAUAUGGAUCAGAUGCUCAAAGAGCAUGAUCGAAAGAUCCAGGAAUAUUCAAGACGAGCACGGAUUGACAAGUCUAAAGGUGAAAAGGUUUGUGUGCAUCAAAAUUAGGAUUAUUAGUCAAUUACAUACUUCUUACUUCUUAUGCAGCUAAAAACAUUAUUUUAUGACAACAUUAUUUAUCUCUCGACAUUAUAGAGAGAGAGGGAGAGUGUGUGUUCAUGCACUCUCCUUUUGUAAUUAUAUAUAUACAAUGUAAA